GCCGAAAAAGAUGGAGGAAUUGUUUUUUUGCUAGCUGUUUUAUUUUUGUAUAGUUUACAUGUCUUUUUGGCACCAUGGAGAAGUCUGCGCUCAACUAUAUAUCCAAGAUGAGCGUAUAGAAUGUUGUUACAACUGAAAUAAACACUAUUGUAAAUAUUGUCACAAUGUGCGUCCAUAAUGCAUCUGUUCAGCUUUUUGUUUUGCUACUACUUUUCUACUACUUUAUCCAAGUUCCACCAACCAGUGCCUUGUACCUGGAUUUCAAACCUGAUGAGAUGGAAUCACAGAAUCUGAAACCAAUCAAACCUCAGGGAACCCCGUCAUGGGCAGUCAAAAUCCAUUUCAAUUCCGUCUUUGACUCUAACAGGACAACGCUUGAUGACGCCGCUGACCAAAUUGCUAAGGACGUUAGUCUGAUUAAUGUGGGACAAGUCGGAGAAUUGUUUGGACAUUAUUUAUUUUUACAUGAAACUUACAGCAAUGUGACUAUUGAGAGCGAAGGGACUAACUUACAUGAUUUGCAGGAACGUAUUGAAAGGAAACUAACAGAACACAAACAUAUAGCGUGGUUCAACCAACAAAUUAUUAGGCCCAGAGUUAAACGGGCAUUGAACUUUCAAGAUCCGGAAUAUAUGUAUCAGUGGCACCUGCAUAAUCCGAGUGGUAUGGACAUUAAUGUGACAAGUGUGUGGGAAAAUGGAAUCACAGGAAAAGGAGUCACUGUCUCAGUUAUUGAUGAUGGCUUAGAAUGGAGUAAUCCAGAUAUUCUGGAUAACUAUAGUAAGGAAGGUAGCUGGGAUCUGAAUUCUAACGAUGCUGAUCCUUUACCAAGUGUGGAUUCUAAAGGACAGAAUCAUCAUGGUACGAGGUGUGCUGGUGAAAUUGCUGCUGUUCCAAAUACAGUGUGUGGGGUUGGAGUAGCGUAUGGUGCUAAAGUAUCAGGUAUACGUGCUUUAGAUGGUCCAAUGACUGAUAGUUUAGAAGCCACAGCUUUCAAUAAAUUUAUGCAGAUUAAUGAUAUAUACAGUUGUAGUUGGGGUCCAGAUGAUGAUGGAGAGACUGUAGAUGGACCUCAUCCAUUGGCAAAGGCAGCAUUACAACAUGGGGUUUCUGCUGGACGUAAAGGAUAUGGAAAUAUCUUUGUUGUUGCUAGUGGCAAUGGUGGUCGCUAUGAAGACAACUGUAACUUUGAUGGUUAUGCUAAUUCUAUUUACACAAUAACAGUUGGUGCUGUUGACGAGAGGGGUCACAUGCCAUUUUAUGCUGAAGAAUGUGCCUCAAUGCUGGCAGUUACGUUUAGCAGCGGCCAAAGUCCACAGAGAAGUAUUGUCACAACUGAUUGGACAUUGGAUGGAGGUACGGGCUGUACCAUGUCACACACAGGGACCUCAGCUGCUGCCCCUCUCGCUGCUGGACUUGUUGCCCUAAUGUUAGAAGCUAGACCAUGUCUUACUUGGAGAGAUGUACAACACAUUAUAGUGAUGACAUCAACCCUGGUGGAUGAAGGGAAUUCAGUGUGGUUUGUCAAUAAGGCAGGUUUUCAUCACAGUCAUCAGCAUGGUUUUGGAUUAUUGAAUGGUUGGAGGAUGGUAAAUGCAGCGAAAGUCUGGCAGAAUGUGCCGUGGAUGACUUCAUUUGCGACACCAACUAUAACAGAGGAACAAAGUAUUUCAGCUCAAACCAGUUCUCUGUUAGUCAGCCAUGAAGUUGCUAAUAAUGACGUAGAAGAGAUUGAGUUGUAUACAUUGGAACACGUUCAGGUGAUUGUGUCGCUAUCGCACGCACAGCGCGGUGAUUUAGAAAUACGUCUUAUCUGUCCAAGCGGUACUACUUCUGUUAUAGCAUCGAAGAGGAAAAAAGACACCUCUGUAGCAGGAUUUGUUGACUGGCCAUUUUCUACUGUUCGAUGUUGGGGUGAACGACCUGCUGGUAUCUGGCAGCUUAAAGUGAUUGAUCAUGGUUCAACUAAUAGUGGGAUACUUCAUCAUUGGAAACUCAACUUAUAUGGUUCGCCUAUGACCUCAAAUGACCUCAGACUAAGAAGAUA